AAAUUAGGGGACAAAUAACUGCUCAUUCAUUGCACCCCAGUCAGCAUGGGGGUGCUAUAAGAGCUCGGGAAUAAUUGUGCCGACCAAUAAGCCUACGGAGAUGCUUUAAUCCUGUCUCCCUCCCUAAAGUGUUCUGGAACCUAUCAUUUGAAUUAGCCGAGUCAGGCAAGGAGGGGGCGGGGAGUCCUUCCGCCCUUCUUAGGAGGGGCUGCAUUGCAGGGGGAGACUGAGCAGAUAGACUCAGCCACCGGAGAGGGAGAGAGAGUGAGAAGACAAAGCCGUCAAAACCCCAACAGCUUUCUUUUUCUCCAGCCCCGAGCAGACGCCGGAGCCCCCGAGGAAGUUAUGAGGGACCCUGUGAGUAGCCAGUACAGCUCCUUUCUUUUCUGGAGGAUGCCCAUUCCAGAACUGGAUCUGUCGGAGCUGGAAGGUCUGGGUCUGUCAGAUACAUCCAUCUACAAGAUCAAAGACAGCAGCACUGGCAAAAUGACCGGGCAAGCAACUGGAGUAGAACAGGAGAAGAAUUCCGAAGGCGAUGCCCUCCUUGAAUACAGCACCUUCAACUUCUGGAGAGCUCCUAUUGCCAGCAUCCACUCCUUUGAACUGGACUUGCUUUAAGCCCAAGACUUCUCUCCCACCACCUUGCCCUCACUGCCUUCCCUUUCAAGCCCCUUCCUUUCCACCCUUUUCUCCUAUUAAUCUUGCUCUUUUCCUCUCUAUUGUGUUGAGGUGGUGCUGAUGAAUCUGCCAGAGUUGUGUUGUAUUUAUUUACUUAUGUAUUUAUUUAUCUUACUGGUUUCUCUUAAGAGCCCUUAAGCCACAAAGGAAAGGGUUCAAGGACUGGAGUAUUGAUUGGAUCACAGGGAUUUCCCCCCCUCCCCCAGAUGUUAAUUCAGAAAACAGGCCUGGUGGAGGCACCAGAGCGUAGCACAGUAGUACAAAAUGGAGGAUUUUUUUUUUUACUUCAUUUUAAACAGCUUUAGAAAUUGCUCAAACUUAAUUUAAGGUUGUACCUUCUUCAAGCCUACUCACUUUGUAAUUUUGCCCAUAACUCAAAACUCUUGAGGAAAAUGACUCCAAGUUCACUUCUUAAGACGCAAUCUUUCUGACUACGAUAACUUGUUAGGUUUUGAUUCUGUUUCUAAAAGGCAGAGUUUAGUAUUCUUUAGUAUUCUAGUCUUGCCCAGCAUCUGCAAUGUAUGAUACUGAUCAAUGAGCCUCAGGCACAGUUCUUCAGCUUUGAGACCAUGAAACAAUCACAUUAUGACCUUACACCUUGUCCCCUCAUUCCAAAAUUAUUGCCGCUGAUUUGUGCUGCCAUCCACUCAUUUCUUUAAUAAAGGCAUUCAAUCCCAGGA